CUUGCGUGAACGUGAAAUGUGACAUCCCUAUCGUAGAUCAACAACGACGCUCACUUUUGUUUGAUUAAACUAAUAUUGUAUUAAUUUAAAAUAAUAGACUAAUAAAAUAUUAAUUACGUUUUAAUUUAAAAUAUAAAUAAUUGUGAUAGAACUUAGUAAUAUAUGAAUUGCAAGUGAGAUAAUUUCUUUAACUUCAAAAUGAACGGAAAAGCGAAAAAAGCGGCUCAGCCAAAGAAAAAAACUAAUGGAUAUAAAAUGCCAGCACCUAUCCCUAUUGGCGAGGUUAUAAAUGAUAAUAUAUCUAAAAAGAAAUGGCGUAUCGGCCCUUCGAUAGGAGUUGGCGGCUUUGGUGAAAUAUAUUCAGCAUGCGAACACACCAGUUCGCCCAAGAAAACCUCUAGUUACCCUUAUGUAGUUAAAAUAGAACCACAUGAAAAUGGCCCCCUAUUUGUAGAAAAGCAUUUCUAUAUUAGGAAUGCUAGCAAAGAUGACAUUGCAAAAUUCAUGAAGGCAAGGAAAUUAAGUACACUAGGUAUGCCAUCAUACUAUGGGAAUGGUUCCCAUGAAUUCAAAGGUGAAAAAUACAGGUAUUUAGUUCUAGAGAGGUAUGGCAAAGAUGUUUGGAGCCUCUUUAAAGAAGCUGGAAGAUGUUUUCUGCCAGCUACUGUCUUCCAGUUAGGAUUACAAAUGCUAGAUGUGCUAGAAUACAUACACAGCAAGGGUUACGUUCAUGCAGAUAUAAAAGGAGCUAACAUACUUAUGGGUCUCAAGAAGGGAACCGAGAACCAGGCAUAUCUUGUGGACUUUGGUCUAGCCACAAGGGUCAAUGAGAAAGAGUUCAAACCUGACCCUAAAUGUGCCCACAAUGGAACCAUUGAAUAUACAAGCCGUGAUGCACAUUUAGGAGUGGCAACUAUGCGAGGUGAUCUUGAAAUACUCGGCUACAACAUGCUACAAUGGCUGGUGGGAGAACUGCCAUGGGAGAAAAGCUUGAAACAACCCAAAUCCGUUCAAAACUUAAAGGAGACAUUCAUGAAAAACAUACGAAAUGAAAUAAAACAAUUCACUAAUGUACCUGAAGCUCUAAUCAAAUACUUUGAGUACAUCAACUCAUUGAAACCAAAAGAUAAUGUAGAUUAUACAAAGUGUCGGCAGUUGUUUGAAAGUUACCUUAAAUCAGAAGGGAUUGUAAAGACGAGUAAAAUGGAAUUCAAACAAACAAAAAAACGGAAAGCGACCCGAGUGGACGAUAAGAAUAAUAGUGAAGAACUAAACUCUGAUGAAGAAGAUGAAACAACAGAAAAAGUCCUCAAAAAGAAUACACCAAAACAAAACGGGGACUUAAAAUUAAUAAAACGACGCAAAAAAGCACCAACGAAGGCGGUUGUCACAGAAGAAAACUCUGAAAACGAAGAACCAGAUGUAGUAAGUAUAGAAAAAAUCCCAACGAGAUCGAAGAAGAGGAAAUCGGUAGAACCCGCCGUCCUGGUAAAAGUGAAAAAAACGAAGAUGGCGCCAAAAGCAACGCCGCCUGCAAAGAAAAACCACGCAAACAUUUCGACACAAACGUCUGCUGAAAAACCAAAAGUUAAUUCGAGACAAGUCUCUUUUGAUAGUCCCAUUUCUGAAAUUAUAGGUGAAAAGAAAAAAAUAAGAGGAAUAAAGAUCAGCGAAUCUCCGAAUUCGAGCGGAGAUAUAUUUGAUGAUUCGUUUACUAUUGAAGAAAAACGGACGAGAUCGAAAAAAAACUUAUUGUCAGAUGAGGAAGUGACGGUUAAGAGAGUUGUGAAGAAAAAAGUUACCGUAAAACCAAAAACGAAGUCGUGGAAAAACACGCCUGCUGUACUUAAUGGACGAUCGCCGCCGAAGUAACUGUGCCAUAAGUAGUAGAAUUAAUUUUUUACGUUUGAUAUAAAUUGCCAUAAUCAAUAUUCCAUUCCCACCAUGAAUAUCACAAAUAUUAAAUACAAAAAUGAUUAUAAUUGAUAUAAGAAACAUUUGUGUUUAAGUAAUAUACAUUUUAAUAAUAGUAUAAUAUUAAAAACCAUAGACGCAAGAGAUGACAUUGAUGACCAGUCAGGAUGUUUGGCAUUUAUAUUUUUUAAUUCAUGUAACAAUUUUAGAAAAUGAUUAAUUUUCUAUAUCGUUCAGAAAUUCUAAAUUAAUAAUGUUUUUGCCAGAUUGUGCAUAAGUUUACGUUAAUUUUAUCGUUUAUAUCGUAUAGUUAGUUAACUUUUGAAUGAGUUGUGUAUUUUUCGCGCCAAUAAAGAAUGUUUUACAUUAAAUACGUCGAAUAGUGAAAAUAUCGUUAUAUUUGUAAUAACUAUUUUUAGGGAGAUUUAAACAUCUUUGUUAUUUUAAAAAAACCAUUGCAAUGAAAUAACCAACAAACUUUAUUGGCGUUGAAUAUACUUGUGUGAUUAUGUUAAUGAUGCAUUUGAAGUUGUUGUUUUUAUCUAAUGUAUGUAUUUGCUCAGGUUUCUAUAUUAUCAUGUAAAAUAAACAGUAUUUUAAACAAAAAAAAAUAUGAUCUUUUUUAAUAACACAAAUGUACGAGGGUAAUUAAAAAAAACAAUAUCAAA